AGAAUAAAAACAUUAGGAAAAUGUCUCAACAAAUUCGUCGUGAGGUAUUGAGCGCUUUUCGAAAACUUCAUCGAACAAGACAAUUGAUAUUUGCCGGCGAUGACAAGGCUUUGCAGUUGGGCCGAAAUGAAAUCAAUUCACAUUUCCGAAAGAAUAUGCAGGAGACCAAUGUGGAUGAAAUCAAAAAGAUGAUAAAACUUGCUCUGGAUGUGGAUAAGGAAUUGCGCACAAAUGUCAUACAGGCUAAACAAAAGGAUGAAGGUGUUUAUGAAUUGCGCAUUACCCCCGAAACAACCCGCCUGGAUAACAUAGUUUUUAAUCCUGAUGCUGUGAUAGAACCACCACGACGUCGCAAAGGACAACCUGCUACCGGUUGUUGUGGUGGAGCUGCUGCGCCGGCAAGCAAAGAUGCAGAAUCAAAUCAACAAAAGUAA